AUGAUCACCAAACGAACAUUGACCGAAUGGGGACUUUUCGCCGGACUUAUUGUUUGUGAGUUGAUUUUUGAGAUUUGCUGUGAAAAAUGUUGGGGAAAGAAAAAAAGCCGUUUUUCAGCGAUGCAUGCCGCCUAUUAUACAAUUCAAAAUAAUCCGUCGCUAGUGGCUCCACAUCAGGUAAUUUUUGAGUAAUUUUAAAUAUUGGGUUAUGAAAAAUAGUGUCGAUAAAUCUUGUUGAAUGAAAAUUCAGAGAUUUCUCUGAAAAAUCAAUAAUUUGUUUGAAAAAAAUCUACAUUUUCGUGUUCUCCACAGAAUCCAGAAAUUGUGAAACGUCAUGAAAACAUAGAAAUUCAAAAUUUUUGAAAUAUGAUGCAAUUUUCAAAUUUCCAGAGACAAGAAUUAUUCUACGUGCGAUGGCUCAAGGAAAAAAUCCCAGCUCUUCGACCAUACGGAGUGACCGAUGAUAAUAAACCAAGAGAAGAUUGA